AUGGACCUGCAGAAUUAUUCCCUGGUGACAGAAUUUGUGUUGCAUGGCCUCUGCGCUUCACAGCACCUCCAAGGGUUUUUCUUUAUCUUCUUCUCCGGGAUCUAUAUGGCCACUGUGGUGGGUAACCUUGCCAUUGUGGUCACUGUAAUUUCUGAGCCCCACUUGCACUCCUCCCCUAUGUACUUUCUGCUGGGAAAUCUGUCCUUCCUGGACAUGUGGCUAGCCUCAUUUGCGACCCCUAAGAUGAUCAGGGACUUCCUCAGUGACCAAAAGCUCAUUUCCUUUGGAGGAUGUAUGGCGCAGAUCUUCUUCUUGCACUUCAUUGGUGGGUCUGAGAUGGUACUUUUGGUUUCCAUGGCCUAUGACAGAUAUGUGGCCAUAUGCAAACCCUUGCAUUACAUGACGGUAAUGAGCCAGCAGAUGUGCAUGUGGCUAGUGUUGGUGUCAUGGGCCAUUGGAUUUGUGCAUUCCAUCAGUCAGGUAGCCUUUAUUGUGAACUUACCUUACUGUGGCCCCAAUGAAGUGGACAGCUUCUUCUGUGACCUCCCUCUCGUGAUCAAGCUCGCCUGCAUGGACACCUAUGUCUUGGGUGUACUUAUGAUCUCAGACAGUGGGCUGCUUUCCAUGAGCUGUUUUCUGCUCCUUUUGCUCUCCUACAUGUUAGUCCUCAUUACUGUGAGACAGCAUGCUACUGGGGGUGUAUUCAGAGCACUCUCUGCUUGCUCUGCUCAUAUUAUGGUAGUCACGCUCUUCUUUGGGCCCUGCAUUUUCAUUUAUGUUUGGCCUUUCAGUAGGCUAUCUGUGGACAAGCUCCUCUCUGUGUUUUACACCAUUUUUACUCCAUUCUUGAACCCCCUUAUCUACACAUUGAGAAAUAAGGAAAUGAAAACAGCUAUGAAGAAACUGUGGAACCAACAUGUGACUUUUCACUGA